UACUUGCACUAACUCUCGGAAGCUUUUUCAUCUUUGAUGUUAGAACGUUCGCAGAAACUACGUCACUUCCUCAAGUAUUUCCAUUUGUUUGUGGCAAACGCCAGCAGUUACCAAGUCCCUUUUACACCAAAGCUACGACUCUAACUCACAAUAUGUCGGGGUGGAAACGGAACCUCUACGAUAUGUAAACUAUUUAUUCAAAUUAUGCAAGAAACAGUGUAGGUUUAAAACGAGUUACAGAAGUAGUUGUCCAAGCUAACGUGAGCUAGCUAGUGUAGGUUAAUUGGCUAGCUGUUGUUAGCUGCCUGGUUCCUGGUGCUACACCGUGGGUGGUGUAGUGGUGUAGUGAUGGAGUGCCCUCAUCUGAACCCAAACGUGAGCUGCCCGGUCGAUACGUCACGGUUCCCUCAUGGGUCACCGGUCUCCUGGUGCUGCACAGUCUGUAGGUCUAAUAAAAGCCCGUGGAUUUGCCUUACCUGUCUGAUGGUCCAUUGUGGAAGAUAUGUCAAUGGACAUGCGAAGAAACACUUUGAAGAGAGUCAAGUCAGUGGCUUCAGUCAAAAGAAGGGCGAGAAACAGGAGAAGGAGAAAUCCCAUCAUUCUGUCUGCAUGGACUGCAGCAACUACAGCGUAUUUUGUUACAGAUGUGACGACUUUGUUGUUAAUGACACCAAGCUUGGGCAGGUGCAGAAGGUGAGGGAACAUCUGCAAAGUUUAGAAAACUCAGUCCUGAUGGGUGACAGACAGAGGAAAAGAAAACUUCAGGAAAACCCAGCUCCAGAUAGCAAGUUGUUGAAAGACAAUAAUGGGGCAGCUUUAGGUGCUACAGGCCUGCGGAACUUGGGAAACACAUGCUUCAUGAAUGCCAUUCUGCAGUCCCUCAGCAACAUCAAGCAGUUCAGCUGUUAUUUCAAGGAGUUGCCUGCAGUGGCUUUACGCAGUGGUAAGACGGCAGGAAGAAGGAUGUACCACACCCGAAGCCAUGGGGACACCAGUGUGUCUCUCGUGGAGGAGUUCAGGAAAACCCUUUGUUCCUUGUGGCAAGGAAGCCAGACAGCCUUCAGUCCAGACUCCUUAUUUUAUGCAAUAUGGAAAAUCAUGCCAAGUUUCAGGGGCUAUCAGCAGCAGGAUGCACAUGAGUUCAUGCGUUACCUGCUGGACCACCUCCACAGGGAGCUCCAGUACAGUCGCAACGGGGCGUCUCUACCAGUCUCACCUCAGGAUGGGCUCAGAAUCUCCACUGCAGAGGGCAAAUGCUGCAUAAAUGGGACUGCCAGUGUUGUCACAUCCAAUUUUGGCGGCAUACUUCAGAAUGAAGUCAACUGCCUGAUAUGUGGAACAGAAUCUCGGAAGUUUGAUCCAUUUCUCGAUCUGUCUUUAGACAUUCCCAGCCAGUUCAGACAGAAGAGAAGUAAGGACCAGGAGCCAGGGCCGACCUGCACAUUGCGUGACUGCUUGCGUAGCUUCACUGACCUGGAAGAACUUGAUGAAACGGAGCUCUACUAUUGCCAUAAGUGUAAAAAGCGACAGAAAUCCACUAAGAAGUUCUGGGUCCAGAAGCUGCCAAAAGUUUUGUGUCUGCACCUAAAAAGGUUCCACUGGACGGCUUUUUUAAGAAACAAGGUGGAUACCUAUGUGGAGUUUCCACUGAAAGGCCUGGACAUGAGGCGCUACUUACUUGAGCCAGAGAAUUCAUUACCAGAAAGCUGCCUGUAUGACCUUGUCGCUGUCGUAGUGCAUCACGGAUCUGGGGUUGGAUCAGGGCAUUAUACAGCAUAUGGGAGCCACGAGAGCAAAUGGUACCACUUCAACGACAGCACAGUGACUCUGACCAAUGAGGACGUAGUGAGGAAGGCCAAGGCCUACAUCCUCUUCUACGUGGAGCGGACUGAACAGGUGGCCUCAGACAAGACGGCCACAAACAAGCCUGCUGUGGACUCAGCAGCCACGGACAGCGGUCCUUCAGAAGCAGUUGCUCAGAACAAGGCUGCAGCAGACACGGUUGCCACAGACAUGGUUUUGAUAGAUGAAUCACACAUGAAUACCCAGGAUGUGGCAGCCCCAGAUAAUGCUGCAUUGGAAAAUGUGGGUGAAGACAUGGCUCAACUGCAUGAAGCUGACACGGCUUCAAUGGAUGCUGCAACAGAUAGUGAUACCUCAGACAAGGUGGCAACAGAGGAAGCCAGUGAAGCUAUAUAAGCUGUUGCACAAUGAUUCUGUAAGACCGCCUCAGACCAGCUACUCACUCCAUUUUGGCUUCACCUCAAUCACAUUUCUCACCGUGCUUGAGUUUAAAUAGUAAUUUUCAUGUUUAAUGUUUGUGCAACUAUUUAGUUUUUUUUUUUUUUUUUUUUUUUUUUUACGACCUGCAUGGCAACAUCUGGUAUACUUUGCUGCUUGAGAUAUGUUUAGUAUGACUAUUUGCAUUUAUUUUCUUGAUGUUUUAUUCCUCAGUUGAGGUAGACUUCUCUGUAUGUAAUAGAUUCCAAAUGUGAUUGUUUAAAAAGAUGAAGUAAAGCUGUAGCCUUGGAAAACCUCAGUUGGUCCAAUAUUUAGCCUAGACUGAUGAAAUUGAUUAUGUCAAGACACUGUCAAUGUAAUAAUAUUUGGAGUUUCUAUUGUUUUUAAAAAAAUAAUUUUGUAAUAUCAACUUCUUGAGAACUUUAUCGUUCUGUUUUCCAGUUAUUAUGAGAUGUUUUAGGAUAAAGAAUGCAAUGCAUUUAUAGACUGACAAAUACUCAUUAGGACUCCAGAAAGUUCUUUUAACUUCUUGACCAAUGUGAAAGAAAUGAUCAUUCUCAAAUUGUUUUGUUUGUCUUAUGUUUAUCUGAAAAAGGCUUGGCCCUGAUGAAAUUAUUUUAUAAAACAUGUUUGAGACAAAGUCCUAAUGACAAAAUACAAUGGAGAAUCUUUUUGAAAUGAAAACUUGAAG